AUGGGCUGCAGCUCCUCGACCCCCGCCACGGCCGCCACGACCCAGCCAAAGGAGGCGAAGGCGGAGCCCAAGGUGGAGGCAAAGGCGGAGCCGAAGGUGGAAGACAAGAAGCCGGAGCCAGCAGCGCAGGAGGAAGGUGGUGAUGAAGUCAUUGAUGUCAAGAAGGGAAUGGCUGUCACAAACCUGCGGCGAGGGCAGAGUGGUCAGGUCAUGCAGCACACCACGACCGAUGUGCUGGUGAAAUACGACGACGGCAAGACUGAGUGGACUGACAUUGAAGACCUGAAGAAGAUGGCGGAAGAGAAGAAAGCAGAGGAGGCUGACGUCAUCGAUGUGAGCAAGGGAAUGGCUGUUACUAACCUUCGCCGAGGGCAGAGUGGUCAUGUCCUACAGCACACAACGACCGAUGUGCUGGUGAAAUACGACGACGGCAAGACUGAGUGGACUGAGAUUGAAGACCUGAAGAAGAUGGAGGCGGCCGGCCUGGCCGAGGUCAAGCUUGAGGGCGUGGGUGACCCCAAGGGAUUCUGCUCAUGCGGAUUUUUCUGA